AAUGACAAACUUAAAAUAUUUGAUAUUAUCAAUAUUUACAUUUUACCGUUAGUGAUAAGAUAUCUUUUACACAAUGUCUCAAAUGAAUGGCAGCGUAAAACUAGAAGCUCCAUAGUUUUCAUACGCCUAUAUGUUUAGAAAAAUAUUUAUUGAUAGCGGAUAAAGUUACUGGAGAUGUCAUUUAUAACUAAGAGGGAGCGCGUGUUCAAUGAAUAUGACCUGUUCGAUUUACCGGCGAGAAAUGAAGGGAAGCUGAAGACAUACGCCUCUUGCACUGAUGCGAGAGCUUGGUCCCACUUCUGUUCCGAUAAAUCCGAACACUUGGUGGAAAUCAUCAAGAGGAACAAUGAAACUGUACGAACCAAGUACAUACCAACUGAUGUGAUUGUCAACAUGCUGAUGUCAGUUAAAAAUGCCGAGAUCGGCCGAUUGAAACGUAAAAUUGAAGAGUUUGAACAGAUGAUAUCAGCUUACGAUCAGUUGGAUCUCACUUGUGAGCAAAAAUGUGAUAUUGCAACUGCGCACGCGGCUAUAAAAGCAGCGAAUAAAGAACUGGAUGAUAUGUGCUUGGAUUUGGAUCUGUCUGGAUACACUGAGGGUAUAGAUUCAGAAGCUUUUGAGACGGGUAAAUCCAGGGGCGAUGAGCCUAGCAGAUAUGGUAUUAUCGAGACAGGUAAAUCUGGUGGGGGAGAACAAACAAAAAUACAAGGCGAAGAGUGGUCGUUUGAUAAAGAAAAAGUGUCAACGCCACGUAAGGUAACGAAGAGUAGUCAAGCUGGGCCACCUUGUACAUGCGAUGCAAGCACAUCUGCUCACGACCCACAGGUGGAUGAAAUGCAGGAAACAAUAAUUUAUAAGGAUGCCAAACUGAGUGCAAUGCAAAAUACUAUCGCCGUAAUGGAACAUGAUGUUUGCGAGCCCUAUUGUAUUUAUGCUCAUAUUUAUACCGCAUUAGAAAAAAUAUUUGGAACGUUGUGCCAAAACGCGAAAUACAAACAAUAUUUGGAUUUAUUAACUGCUGGAAAGGAUACUAGAGGCAUUGAUAUAAAAGGAAAAAUUUUAUUCAAAAUGAAAGUAUUGGAAAAAUUUAGUCUAGCGCUGAUAGCGCCUUGCUCGCAAGAAUUCAGUCGCGCUUCACAAGAUUGUUCAUGUCUCCGCGCUGAAGUCGUUACUACGUUUGCGUUAACAUCAGCAGAAAGUCAAAUACCAACCCUAGAUAAUAAGAGAGCCCAGCUUGUUGCGGACAUUAUGGAAAACCGUGAAAUGCAGGAAAUCUUGAGUUCGGAAAGUUUAUGCCUUAAAAUUGAAGACGAUCAAUUUGAUGAAUGUUUUGGAAUUGAUAAUUGCAGUAUAGAAGUUGCAAAUCUUAAUCGCUUGAAAAAUUUGCAAGCUAAUUAUGAUGAACUACUAACCUGUUAUGACAAUUUAAAACAUGAAAAAGAUUGUCUUUACUUAAGAUGUCAAAAAAUUGCCGAUUUAGAGCAUGAGUGUGACUGUUUAAAAAAUAAUCUAAAGGAGUAUAACGAAUUAUGGAAGGAAAAAGAGUAUUAUCGAAAACGGUCGGAAGAUCUUGAUACUUUGAAAGAAAAUUACUAUAUAUUGUCAGAAGAAACCUCUAAUGUUGAAACAAAACUUAACGCGGAACAGGAAAUAAAUAAAAUUAAAUGUCAAACCAUUGACCAGUUAAGAAAUGAAAAUCUAAAACUAGAGAAAAAAAUAAGUGAUGUUUCUGUACUGUUUGAAAAACAAAAAAAUGGUUUCAUUUGUAAACUAAAAGAGUGCGAGUGCAAAAUGAUGUGUCAAGACCAACAAAUUAAAAGCUUGUCUGAUCAAAUUGAUACAUUACUUGAGGGCGAUAGAAACAAAGUACCGCCUAAUGAAGAAACGUUGCAGUCGGUACAAUUGAUUGAUGAAAUUGAAUCCCAAAAAGAUCAAAUUAAAAACCUUAAGGACGAUUUAUGCUGUAGCGAAGAAGAAAAACAGUAUUUGCAAGAGGAAUUUGAAAAAAAGCUUGAAGUUAUUAAUGAACUUAAAUUGGAUGUUGAAGAUUGGAAAAAUAGGUAUGAGGAAACUCUGAGGAGCUAUAAUUAUUUGCAAAUGCAAGUAGAUGAACUACAGGGUAAAAAUUCAUUAAUGAACCAAGAAUUGGAAAACAAAUCAAAUGCUAUUGAUAACUUAAAUAAUAUAAUAUGCAGUAAGUCUCAUGAAAUAGGUAAUUUGAUUGACGAAGUAGACCAUAAAAACGUUGAAAAUAUAAAUCUCAUUAAACAAAUAAAAAAUAAUCAAGAUAGUUUCGAUAAAAACAUAGCCUUACUUAAAAAUGAAAAAAAAAUUGCAAUGAGUUCUAUUAUCACAGCGAAAGAAGAAAGUAUUGAAUUCCUUAAGCAUUUCAAAGAUCAUGAUGAUAGGAAUAAAAUUAGACAAAGUAUAAACAAUAUAUCUGACAUACUCAAUACACAUGAAAAUAUUGAUGAUAAUAUAUUUAUAAAGGAAAUAGAGUUACUACGUGGAACUAAUCUUGAAAAUAUAAAUAUUUUAUAUGAUGAAAAUGAGCAAUUGAAAAAAACAUAUGAUUUAGCAAAAAAAGAAAGUCUAAUAUUAGAACAAAAAUUAAUAAAUCAGGAUAAUUUGCUAGCAACAUUAGAAAUGUUAAAACAAUCCCACGAAAAUAUUUUAAAUGAAAAAGAAACAAUUCAAGGUGAAUUAACAAAGAGCAUAAGUGAACUAGAAAAAUUACAAAAUGAUUUUCAAGUAUCAACAGUAAAAAGUCAAAGCUUAUUAGAUGAAUCUGAAGACAUAAAAGAAGAACAUGCUGCCUUAAAUAUACAAUAUCAAAAAGUGCUGCAUGAAAGAAACAUGUUACAAAAAUCGAUAUCAGAUAAAGAUUCAGAAAUAAAUAUUUUAAUUCAUUCUUUGCAAUCACUUAAAUUAGAAAAUGAACAGUAUCUUUUAAAAAUACAGGAAAUCCCAAAACUACAAGAAACCUCAUUUGAUUUAAAAAGUAAAUGUGAAAAAUUAUUAUCAGAGAAAAAUACGUUACAGUGUGAUUUAAAUAUUAAAACCAAAGAGAUUAAUACCUUAUACGACAACGUGGAGACCAAAAAAGAAGAAAUUCAACGAUUACAAAAUCAGAUAAAAACACAACAGUCAAGGGAACUGUCAGCCAGUGGCAGUAUAUCUAAUUUAAGAAAUGAAAAUUAUAAUAUACAAUUAAAUUUAGAUGCAGUAAGAAACGAAAGUGUUAAGUUACUUGAUAAAAUAAAAAAAUACGAAAAAUUAGAAAACCAACAUAAAGAAUUACAAGCUUUGCAUGAACAAAUACAGUUAGAAAAUGUCAACUUACAAAAAGAGGUAAUUGACUUGAAUAAAAUGCUACAAGAAAAUUAUUCAAAAAAAUUAGAAGAAGCUCUAGUUCGUUCUCGUGAAGAGAACAUAUCUAAAGCAUGCUCCUUAGAAGACUUUUAUACGGAUUUAAAAACAGAAGUAGAAAAGUUGAAGCAAGAGAAGCUCAAAAAUCAUAUAGAAAUGAAAAAUGUAUUGGAAAAAUUGGAUGAAUCGGAAUACAUAAUAACAAAUCUAAAUGAAGAGAUACUUGCACGUGAGAAAAAAAUAUCAACACUAGAAAAUCACAUUAAUGAAUUACAAGUGGAAAUAAUAGCUUUGCAAAAUGAUUUGAAGGAUGUCGUAGAAUCUGGAGAACAAUUGAAAGAACUUAGUUAUGAAAAACUAGAUCAAACUGUUAAAAAAAUAGAAGCACAUCAAUCUAGGGCUACUCAUAAUAUGAAAUUAGAAUUUACAAAGUUACAAAACGAAAAUGAAAAACUGGAAGAUCAACUUUCUACUACAAGAUUAAUUAGUGAGGAAUCGUUCAAAGAGACAAAUAUGAAUGUUUCACUGAUCAAACAACUUCAAAAUGAACGGGAAUUAAUUAUUUCUGACAUAAAACAAUUAGAAAUAAAUAGCAUAGGCGAUAGUAAUCUUUUGCCAAGUAAAAGUUCAGUUAAUGAAGUAAUAACAUCGUUACAUCGGAUCGGUAAAUAUAUUGAUAGCAAAAACACUUCAUUAGAACAAACUCUACUUAACAUACAGGCUUCAUAUCAGUUACUUAAAUCUAAAGCAGAAGAAGCUAAAAUUAUAGCCGAAAAUGAACAACAAAAAAUUAUAUAUGAAAAAGAACAGGCAAAGAAAGAGAGAGAAGGGAUUGAAAAACAUUUGAACCAUUUGAAAGCUAAAGCUAAAGAGGAGAAAGUCAAUUAUGAAAAAGUUAUAAAAGAUUUAGAAGGCGAAAUGCUAAAUCAAAAAUUAAUACUUGACAAAAUAAAUCAGUCAAAAGAAAGUAAUAUUUCUAAAUUAAUAGAAGAAAACCAACUGCUAAGAGUUCAAUGUGAAAACUAUGAGACUGACAUCAAGGAAUUAGAACAGAAAUUUCAAUAUGAAUCUGAACAAAAAUCCAAUAAUUUAGGUUUAAUAGAAAAGACUAAUAAAGCAUUAGAGAACAAAGAUAAAAUGAUUGUAACACUACAAAACCAGAUCGACGCAUUAAAAAAUAAACAAACUCAGCCAUCUUGCACUCAAACUGAAUUUGUUACCAUAGAUAAUAACUGUCAAACAGAUAAAUACGAACAUGAAGGUUCUGUUCAAAAGUCUUUUUUGAAUGCCAAUAGUAUGUGUGAAAAUGUUAAAAUCAUAAAUAAAAAUGUUGAUGCAUCUCCAAUUUCUGAAAUUUCAAAUGAGAAAAAGUUACUUAUAAGUCAAAAUAUUUCGGAUCCGAUGGGUCCAUCUAUUAAUGAAGUUCAAAUACUGACAGCAAAUAUUGAACCGAAGAUUGAUUUUGUAAAAAAUAUAUAUUUGAAAUAUAAAAUUAAAAGAUUAAGUCUAGGAAACCUAGAGCAACAUUCUAUCACGGGUCUGCAAGAAGCAACAUUAUCGAAUGGUAACGAUCAGGGCUUGAUUGCAAAUAAUGAAUUAUUUAGUGUAACUCAGGUUCCGGAAAGUUUUCACUCCCGAAAUUUCCCUUCUCAAAAUUUUCAUUCUCAAUUGAAGCUUAAUAAUGAUAGUACCAUUGAUAACAUAAAAAAAUUGAAUUCUACUAAAAUAGCUGUUGGUACAACCAAUGAUCAAUAUAUUAGUCCAACAUCCGACUUAGAGAAUUAUAAUCCAGACUUUGAAAACAUUAUUUCCAUAAGAGAUUUCAAAAAAGAAAAUAAUUCUUUUCAUGAUUCUUUCCCUGUAAGAGAAAAAGAUUUAUUCGUUAUUUAUAAAGACAGUAUGUAUGACGGACAAAAAAAAAUUAAAAAAGUAAGAGCUACAGGUGUUAAGGAAAGAGCAAGACAAGGUAAAGCUAAUCAAUUGAAUGUAGAAGAAACAAUAUACAUUAGUGCAAAUACGAGUGACAAUAUAGAAGAUGACAGUAUAAAACAAAAGCUUAGCAUCAAUUUGCCUAGAGUUAUAGAUGUUAGUCCAUCUUUUAUGACAAGCUCAGAUGAUGAUAAGAAAUCUUUGGAUUCAUUUGGUACGCCUCAAUUGGAUUCAGAGAAAACGUCCAUACAGCAAUAUUUUAUUAAUCAUUCUGAAAACGAUAUUCAAUCUGAUGGAGCAAAAGUUGAAGCACUGGUCAGUAAAAAAACAGUAUUUUCCAACGAAUCUAACCACAAUCUACCUCGUAUAGGUGCGAAAAUUCUUGUUUUAAAAAAUAGCAUAAAUGAUAGCUUGGACAAGCAGUCUGAAGAUUUUAAUGUGAAAAGUAACUAUGGGUUACAAUACAUAUUAAAUACGAUGCAAAAUGAAAUUAAUCCAAAUAAUAUGAAUAAAUUGAAUUUGAUUAAACCUCUACGUAAGAGUCACAGUGUUGAAACAUUUAUAAAUAUAAGCGAAUCAAGUAGAUCAAAACGACUUAGUCCAUUAAAAAUGUCAUCUUCUAAAUUUGGUACAACAUCAAAUUACAGUCCACAGUUUACAAACUCUGUAGAUCGCGCUACAUUAGUGAAAUUUGAUGACAUAGAAGAUUUUGAAAAUAAAAUUCAUAAACUAACUACGGCUUUGGAAAACAUUGAAAAACAGUACAAAAAGAAAAUUGAAUCCGUAAAAAUGCAAUACGACAGCAAUGUUCAAUGUAUAAUCAAUGAACAUAACCAUGGAGUGAAAAGCAUACAAAAUCUCCAUGAAGAAACCUUACAAGACAUUAAGAAAAUUCAUGAAAAUGAGGUAGAAAACUUGAGGUCUAUGAGUAUUGAAGCAAUGCGCAAAGCAGAAAAGCUUCAAGUAGAAAAUCGUUGCCUAAAAUCGAAGUUUAACUAUACACAAAUAAAUCUUAAUAAUUUGACCGCUGAACCAAGCCUAAUUCCUUCUUCUGAUUCGAAGAAAAGAAAAUGCAGAUGUCGCGUGAACAGUAGGACACUGACUAAAACCAAUGUUGAAGCUUUUAAUGUAAAACCAAAAAGAAAAGGUCAUGGGCCUUGCACUUGUUCUCUAGAUAUAAACAUAUCCGACACAAUACGAAGCAUUUUUGAACAGGUUGAUGUUGACCAGAGGAAGAUGGCUGAACAAGUCUAUCUAAAGUAUAUCGCUAAAAAGAUAUUAGAAAGCAAUGUUGAGAUAUUGGAUGCACGGGAACUAUCAUUUUUACAUCUAGAAGUGUGCCGAACUUGGAAAACAAAGCUGAACAGUGCAGAGGCUAAACAAAUUAAAAUUGACUCCUUGGAAACCGAACUAAUAAACAAACAGCGGCAGACGGAAAAACACAUGGCCGAGUGGGAUCGUAAGGUAGCUGAAGAAUGGCAACGACUACAAGAAGUAAGCGAAGCUGUUUGCUUUUCGCCGAAUGAAUCCCGCGAUAUCAGCCCCACCUCGCCGACAACACUUAUUAGCACUGCUGAAAAAGAUGUGUGCAGUACUUGUGUCGGCGGGAGACGCUCAGCGGGAGACCUUACUUCUGGACAGUGUGCCAUCACGUCAGCCUGGAAGCGGAAACGUGGAAAACUGGAGACCAAUAGAGCAGUUGUAGCAAAGUUGGAUGGUUGCGGAGGCCGCCGAGAAAAGGUACCAUUCAUUGAGGAGACCCCCACUCGUCUCAGACGGGCGCAUGACCGGCACAAGACUCAUAAGAAAUGACAAAACCAUCAUCAUUUGACGAGUUAAAAUAAAGACAAAACAAAACAAAACGUUCCUAAUUUGAAUGAGGAACUCUAAAAACCAUAAAAACUUUGUAUAUUGUAUUACCCGUUUAAUAUGCUGAGCGGAAAGGAGAUCCUUUGAAAUAUAUUAUGUGAUAAUCAACUAAGCACGUGGGCAGGUAUGUCGCCUGUUAUACGGGUCAAUAAAGCUAAAUUAAAAAUACGGUUUCAAAAUUCCUUAGUGGGAAGUUUUUGAACUUUUUGAAGUUUUGCAAAGAAAUCAAAUCUCUUUCCUCUCUCUCCCAACAAUCAUGCAUGGUACCUGUCUAGGUAUACCAACAACACUUGUUUUUGGAACAUCAAUCAAAAAAGGAACAUAUUUUUGAACAAUGCUUUUCCCUUAAAACACUAAGUACUAAAAGUUAAAUAAACAAUAAACACUAAAACUGUUCAUUUUAAGAAAACAUUUCAUUAUACAACUGCACAUUGUUAUGUUACCGUAUAUUUUGUGAACGAUACUAAAAUAUGUUAUCUUGUAAUCAUACGCUGAAAAUGACUUUACGCUCAGGAUUUGAAACGGAUGAAAAACUUCAUAUUGACAUAAUGUUCUUUGUUCAAAUUUUGUUAACAAAAUAUUAUACACACUGUUUUUGGUGUGCUGUUACUAAGCGUCUAUUUUUGUAUUGUCUUUA